AUGGAUUGGCUCAGUUGGUUCAGUCAGUUGGGCUAUACACAGCUUUGUGUUGUACUUGGUACCGUCUCAUUGCGCGGUAAGAAGGAUGGAGAAGGAGAGCUACAACUUUGGUUUCGUGCGAUGUUCAACGAUUGCCGCAUUUUAUAUGCCAGUAGGAUAGCGGGGCAUGACGAGAUGGUAUGUGAGUUAUUGAUGUUUUUCCUCUUUCACUUCCGAGAUUGCACUGACAAAAUCAGCAAAAUCAAAACGUCAUCAACAGAGAAGUCGAAAUUUCAUUUCGUCCAAUACUGAAAACAAAUAGUACCAUGUGAGAGUACUGAUAGAGGGGUUUCGUCCAGGGGCUCAAGAGUAAGAACUAAAUUUUAUAGAUCCAUGACUCUAGGAGUGAAAGGGUUUUAAAUAUAUAAUUUAACAAUACAAUUAUAAUGAACUGGUUCAAGACUUCAGAGGUAGUGCAUCGUUUUAUUACUACAGCUCUGUUUCGUGUGGCCAAAAGAUGACCACACUCAUCGGGUAAUAUCAACGAUUGACCGUUAGAUUACAACAACUGGCAAAAAAGCGGAAAUAAGGUUGCUAUGCGAUAUAAAAACAGCGUUAUGUUAUCGUAUAAAUCAUGUGAUUGCUAUCUAUAAUUUGGAAGAUUGUGUUACUUUAUCAUAAAGUUCCGUGAGGAGGUAAGCCCCGGGAGGGAAGGGUUACUUCCUUAUAAGAGGCUAAUAGGAAUGUGCCGCUGGAUGGGGUCGCAUUUUCACAACUGGACUGACUAUAGAGGGGUCGAAAUUUCAAUAGAGUUACUCGAAUGGGGUGGCACAUUUUGGGAUUUUUUGGGGUAAGACAGUUCUUCAUAUUUACGGUUAGCAAACGUACCAGAAUGUUUCCACUGUAGGUGAAAAGUAAAGUGCUCUUCAUUCAGUGAUUAUUUGCCCAAAAGUGGCUAAGAUGGGGUCUAUAAUUGGUCACAGAAUAAACUAUAAUGGGGUAGGGGCUCUGAGAGGCCAGCGGCACAUACCCAGCAAAAAUUUAUCCAAGUACCCCCCCUGGUAUUAAGCGGACACCUUCGGGACCUUCCCAAGUGUCCGCUUUUUAUAGAGGUUUGUAAAAAUUGCGCAAUGUUUGUUAACGAUGAACAUUCAACGGUUACUCUGUACUGUGAUUAAGCCAUGUUGUUGAGGAAACUAAGGAAGCUAAGGAAGCUGUCCUGUACUUUGCACAACACUUUAGGUGAACUUUGAUCGCGGAUGACGAUUAUACUGCCGGAUAUCGGUGUAAUAUGCAGUUAAUUGACCUCUAAAUGUAUUAAUUUAUCUCUAUUAAUCGACUACAGUGCGUAUUUCAAGGAAGUAAUCCAAUACUACCUCUCCUUACUUUUUAAAGUUUGUAAUUAUGCCUGAAACUACAGUGAAGGUCACCAAGGAUACAGUUACAAUUAAAGAGCUAAAAGACUGGUGGGGUCACGAAGGACAAACUGUUCAACUAAAAGAUGCUGAUCCAAAUGAGCUUCAGCUUUUUAUUGAAAAAAUGCCCGUCCCAAUCAAAGGUGAGAGUGUUCAAAGUAAUUUCCAAAAUUUUGUUUAAGUUUUGGUUUUGGAAUAAAGAGGUACAUGGUUGAACCUCUGUACAAAUGUAUGGAAACAGGCAGAUCUUUCUUUUUUGGUUUUAGUCUUUAAAUAAAAAGACGAAUACGGGUUAAACUUACUGUAUUUACGAAGGUUUAUAAAAACAGGUAGCUCAAGCUUAUGGCAAGAGUAGUUAGUUUGGUGUUUUUGAAUUGAGAAGCGUACGGUUAAACCCGUACAUUUGUGUGGAUAGCUGGGCUUAAAUAUUUAUAAUUGAUGAGUGAAAUAUCCAUAUUUAGUAUAUACUAAAACAGUGGAUAGUGUUUUUCGCGCGCUCUGAUUGGCUACUCAAUCAGUGAAUAUCCUUCACUAUUCACUGAUUCACCUCCAGUUCCUCCGAGCGAGCGACGCCAAACUUGCGUAAGUUGCGAGCAAAAUGCCUUCCCGGUUUGCUGCCGUAACAAACUAAGAAAUUUCACAACUAAUCAUGCAAGCUAUUCCCAAAAUACAUGAAAAAGGUGACGAAGUUCGGUUUGGAAGUUUUAACAGGUAAAUCUUCGUCUUUUUUACUUAAAUUUAUCGAUAAAACCGGUGAAAAAGUUUUUUGUUUACAAAUGCAAAUUAAGCUUAAGUCUUGCGCUACUUAAUUUACUUGACUUGUUCAUAAAUAAGAUUAAAACUAAAUUUGAUAAUCUUUUUUACAGAAUGAUUUUAAAUACAAAAAGAAUUCACAACUCCUUUUGAAGAAACUUCGCCGCAAGAGCUAUACAAACGCCUUCAAAAGUUUUAUUUGUCGCUAAGAAAAAGCGAUGACCGCGACCGUUCGGUCACCGUGCGCCCAAAUUGUAAUCGUUGGCAACAGUAAAUGAGUUAAAAAUCAUCAUUUUUGUCCUCAAUUAUAUAUCUCACUGUUUUAGUAUAUACUAAAACAAUUAUUCACCUUAGUGUCGGUGGCUAGUAGUGGAAAUUUACCUCGCAGCUUCGCGCCCUCGGUAAGUAUCACUGCUAGCCACCUCCACUUCGGUGAAUAAUUGUUAUAUAACAAGACAGAAUAUUAACGCUUAUAAAUUUUUUCGACCGGGAAUCUUUGCGUCAAAACAUUGUCCGCUGUUAACAGUGUCAAGAGGGGUAGACUACUAGAACAACAUUGAUCUUCUUUUUUAAAACAACAAAGAAGAGCAUGAUAUCCGGCCGGCCCCUAUUCUAGUGAUUUGGAGUAAAAAAAAAUCAGAUCAUAUUUAAGACUAAAUGAAAGCUUUGAGUCAACUGCAUUAGUCUGUAAUUCACAAAUCGAUUGAUGCGAAUUACUUCCUCGCCUCAUCUUUCUCGCGCGCUGGCGGUUCCGCCGCCCAAAUUUCCCCUCAGAUCCUGAAUCGUCCUCAGUAGUUUUCUUAUCAAAACUGUAGUUUACGUCAUAGAAAGUGCUUUGUACGGGGUUAUAUUCACGAGCUUGUUUGUGUCAAAACCCGAACGAGCGAGAUACGAGCGAGUGAGGGCUUUUGACACAAACAACUCGUGAAUAUGACCUUGUACAAAGCACUUUCUAAGACGUGAGCUGUUUGUUACACAUAUUAGGAGAGUUUUCACUGAAAUAGUUCUCUUAAUGUAACACAUAAGCUUAUUACUAUUAAAAGAGCAAAUCACAGAUACUGAAAUGCAAAUGCAAAUUUAAUAGCAAUGGCAAAUCUCGCAACACAUCCUUAGUCCUCAUCGUGCAGAACAGAAAAUGCACUUACAAAAGUUUAAUCUACAAUGACGUUACAAAAGACAGACCUCAGCGAUGUGGGCUCGUAUAGGAGUUCACGCUCAUAGUUGCAUCAUAGGUAAUCAGGGCAAGAUGGAGGGAAAUUCAAAGAUUUGUAUUGGAAUUCAAAGCCCGCUAAUUCUUCCUGAAUUCAUAUAUUUGAUGCUUGAUUUUCCCAUACAUUUUCUGUAAUUCCACAGUAUCAAAAUUACAGAAAAUUUAUAUGGAAAAAUUCAGGUUUUCUAAAAACUCAUCACGGAUGUCUUUGCACUCCAGAUUUAGUGUAUUGUUUUUUUGAACUCGUAAGUUACCCUUUUUAAAAGAAACAAAAGCUUAAGUAUUUUGGCAAAUGGAAACAAAUUAGGGCUUGGGAAAGAUCAUCUUGGAGGGAAAGAUAGAUGAGAAAAGGAGAGAGGAAGACCGAUAAAGUAGUGGGGAGGGGACAUGUCACUAACAGAAUUAGGAAUUAGGAAUUUUUUUCUCUUUCCUGAAGCUUUCUCAACAACCGCUGCAUAUUUUGUUCACGUUGUUGAAACUCCAUCAGUUGCCUUUGAGAAUUUUUUUCUCGUUCCUGAAGGUCUCUCAAGAUUGGCAGUUGGUAAGAACUGUUUCCGCUGUGCGGUAAAAGAUGCAACGUCCUAUGGGAUAAGCAGUUAGAGUAAAAAUACGGGCGUGAUUUCAAUUUCGGACUAGAUCGUGUCGAAACGUUUUGAUAUCAAAUCGACUGAUUUAAGGUUCAUCUGAACGAAAAAAUGAGAGCUCGUUCAAAGAAGGGGCUAUUCUUGGACACACAUUUCAAUAUUUUGUGUGAGUUUACAAGCAAGCCAUAAUUAUUUAGUGACAAUCGGAGCGAAACGAAAUUCUGAUUUUCAUCUUCUUCAUCAGUAUCUCUUAAGCUUAUGUGUCGCUCAGUUUAAAGAGAGGAACGCAGUACAUUUAAAAUUUUCUUUGAAGUCAAAAUUUUUAAUUUUUCUUUUUUAGGUGACACUUAAUCGGAUUGCCCAUGUUACUUGGGUGAUUUUCAUGAUUGCCUUGUUUUAUAUUUGAUUAUGGAUUAUCUUUUCAGAAAAAAAACAAAAUCUACGCAAAGCAAAUUCGCCAAGGCGAACCUCAGAAAUAGAAAGUCAGUGGAGGGAUUUUCAGCGACGUGAGGAAAACUUCCAGAGACAGAAACGGGAGAUGCAGCAACGCGAGCAGGAUUUACAAAGAAAACUCAGAGUGGUUAAAGAAAGGUAUCAGGACUCUCAAAGCCACCUAACGGAUAUUGAGCAACAUGAACAAAAUAUGCAGCGGCUGUUGAGAGAGCUUCAGGAACGAGAAAAAAAUUCUCAAAGGCAACUGAUGGAGUUUCAACAACGUGAACAAAAUAUGCAGCGGUUGUUGAGAGAGCUUCAGGAAAGAGAAAAAAAUUCUCAAAGGCAGCUGAGGGAGUUUCAACAACGUGAAGAAAAUUCUCAAAGGCAGCUGACGGAGUUUCAACAACGUGAAGAAAAUUCCCAGAGGCAGCUGGUGGAGUUGCAGCGGCAACUGAGGGAGAUAGGACAGCAGUUGACCAAUUGCCGAGGACAAGUUUCUGAACUACAUUUAAGUCUUUCAACAGCACAGGAAACAAUAAAUCAAUUGCGGAACCAAGAAACACGUGACUGGGUUAUUCUCCGGGACGAAAUUCAGAUCACAGAGAAAUACCUUGGGAGGGGAGGAUGGGGAAUUGUCAAUGAGGGAACGUAUUGUGGCUGUACUGUAGCAGUGAAACAAAUCCAUGAGUUGAUUCUUUCUCCUCAUAACAUAAACCUGUUUGAAAGAGAAAUGAAUAUCGCUUCUAAAUGCCGCCAUCCUCACUUACUACAGUUUAUCGGCGCCACGAAAGAUGAGGGAACUCCUCUGUUUGUGACCGAGCUGAUGGAGAAAAGUCUGCGCACUUUGUUGGAGCAGCGGCAGCUCUCCGAGACAGAAAUAGCCGUCAUUUCUCUGGAUGUAGCACGUGCCCUGAACUACCUUCAUCGAAAGAAACCAGACCCUAUCAUUCACCGUGACGUCAGCAGUGCGAAUGUGUUGCUAUGGCGACAGGAUGACCAAUGGAGAGCCAAAGUGUCAGAUUAUGGCACUGCUAAUUUUAUACAGCAGACCAUGACAGUGGCUCCUGGAGCUAUGAUUUACAGCGCACCUGAAGCACUUACAUCAAACCAAACAGUCAAGGUAAGUUUAAGUAAAUAUUCAAUACUGUUUACUUACUAAAACUGUACAGCAAGGCUAACAGUGGCAGAAGUGAUAAGUGAUGUCCACUCCAUAAACAAUACAUAUGAAAUGACUAUAUCUUUGGGAGGAGUCUUUGUACCUUGUUCUGCACUUUUUUCACUCUUUUAUGCAUAUCUUCUUCAUGGAUUUUGUCCACGUAAUUGGAUUCUUUAAUUUAUCCCUUUUUGUCUCUAAAGACAACAGUCACGGGAUAGCAAAAGUUAAUUAGUAUUUUUAGAAACAAAACAUUUAAACCAAGAACGUACCAUGAAGCCUUUUAAGGAUCUUCUGUUUUCUAGGCUUUUCUUAUCCAUUUAUCGAUAUUCAUCUAUUUUGAAUUCUCGAGUUUCUCCCUCUCGUGUUACUUUAACUCUUUGUAAUCAGUACACAAGUAAUAAGUAAUGUAUAUAAAGAAUAUUCUGGCAUAAAGUCAUGUAUUAUGAUUGUUUUUAGGUUGAUGUCUACAGCUUUGGUGUUCUUCUUUGUGAAAUGUGCAUCCGGGAACUUCCAGAUCCUAGUAAGCGUGAAGAACAAGUCGUGCUUGUAACGAACGGUGUGUUUCGCGGCCUGGUACGGCGAUGCCUGCAUAGAGAUCCUGGGCCGAGACCAACCAUGCAGGAGAUAAUCGAUGAACUGAAAGAUGCCGAUGUGUCAUCUUAA